CUCCUCCUUCCCUCUUCAUCAACCCCCACAACCACUCAUCCAUGCAUCCAACUACUUUCCUCGAUCCUUGAUCUUGAACGACACCCUCUCCACGCCCCAUCUCUCUCAGAUUCCAUCGACGAGUGACGCAGAAUUGAACCCAUCGAGUACAACCGGUUCUCCCUUCCAAUCCGUUCAACACCAUCACGCACCCCGAAUAUGAGUUUCGGUCUCCCUCCUGCCGGCUCGACCCCGGCCGAAGAAUGGGGCAAUAAGCUACUUCAGGCCGUGGAUGGGGCUCUCGAUCAAGCGGGUGCAACCGCUUCGACCGGCGGGUUCGUGGAUGCCGCUCCCAGAGACCAAGACACCACCUCGCACGACGUUCAACAGGAUAAUCUGCCCAGACUCACAGGCGGUCUCGCUUCGAGUGCCAAUGUCCAGUCUAUCGCCAACGAGGCAAAGCUCGCCAAGCACAGCGAAGGCUUGACCAAGGAAGAACUCCUCAAAGGAUUGUCGGGAAGGGAACAGGCUGCUGCACAACUGGCGGCAGCUCAGCUAGCUAUCGCCAACUCUGCUCAGUUGUCUCACGAAAUGCCUACAGCCAAGACAUCCUCUGGUCCUGUUGAUGCCACAAGGCAAAUUCCCGGCAAUGAUGCCAUUCAGCCAUCUCCCGUCGGCGCUACUAGGCAGAUUCCCAACGACGACAGUGUUCAGUCUUCUUUCGUGCCCACCAGUGCAGGUCAGAUUCGUGACAGCGUCCAGCAUCAACAAGAAAACCCUGCCCCAUCGUCCACCGCUCAGACGGUGGAUCAGCGUCUAGCGGCAUCGCAACCGUUGCAGGGGAAAGACGUUCCCCUCGUCAUGCAGCCCCAGGAGCCGGUACCUCGAGACGUGGUUCCUUCUGCGACUUCCAACUCUUUGGCCACCGGGUCGCAGAAUAUUCCCAACCAACAAGCUGUGCCAUCUCAGGCCCAAUCGUCUUUCUCGGUCCAGAAGCAAGAACCUUUGCAACCCAAGUUGCCCGAUUUGAUGCCUUCGCGAAACAUUCCGGUUGACACACCGAUGGUGGAGGGAAUCCCUGGAGGCUGGAUCGGAUCCUUGAAGACAUCUGUACCCGGAGCGGACCGCGAUCAUCCUGAGACCACAGUGUAUCAGGAUAUGGUGACUGGUCUAGAUGCGGUCGGUCAGACCGCUUUCAAUGCUAUUCCCCAGAGCCUCAAGGACUCGAUCAACCCGAAUCGUCCUCAUCCCGGGCCAAGCAUCCUGGACCAGGCUAGAUCUGCACUUGAACAAGUUCAUUUGCCCGAAUUGCCCAACGUGCAUCUCCCUCAGCUCCCGAAUGUCCACCUUCCCCAAAUGCCAGAUUCGAAGGGGCUCUCUAGUGCAGACAACCGCAGCAGAGCCGUCGCUGGGGAUCUUCCUAACUCGUCGAAGCCGGAUGCCACCCGCUCGACCCCCGUCGCACAGCCCGACUCCGCUGAUCUGGUCGAUCAAGCUAGGAACAUGGCAUCUGACCUAUUGUCCGGAACCCGAUCCCGUGCUGAAGACGCCUACCAUGCAGCUCAAACGUAUGUAGACAAGGCAAUCGGAUCUAUCCAACAGAGAGACGAGACCAGUGGGACUGCCCCGCGUGCGACCCCGUCCACAACCCUUCCCUUGGAAGAAAAGGAGGGUCAAAGGCCAGGCGAUCACACAGCCGGAGUCGGUGCCCUUCCCGGCACCAUCGAUGAGGCGGGCGUGGCUGUCUUGCCUCUCGAGAUGAACCUUGGUCAAGGUUCGACUGACAAGGCUGUCGCCGCCAAAGAACCUGGGCCCGAACAAUCGGCGACUGACGGUGUCUUGGACGUUUCGGGCGGGGGCCAAUCUAUCAGUGCAGCUAAAGCUGGUCGCCUCGACGAUGGCUCUGGUACGACAUACGGUAGCCAGCCGAACGCUCAACUCGAUACAAUCGUUUCGGACAGAGAAGUCCGCAAAGAUUCGGUCGACCUUGGCCAGAAUCUCGGCCAGAACGAGAGACUCUCGACCAUCCAGCGCGAGUCCGACCAGGGUCCGAUUAAUCAGCGCCAAGUUGAGACUGGCCCUCUGAAGAACGACAUGGCAGUCGAGAAGGAGACGUAUCAAGCCAAGCAAGGCCCUAUCGGGGCUUUCGGUCAGGAGGCAGCGCAGGAAGGUCAGCGCGAACCCAUCGAGUCUUACGAAAAGAAGACUGUUCGGGAAGACAAGCGAGACCCUGUCGGGUCUUCGUUUAGUGGAUCGAACAUUACAACCGGCGCUUCGGCCCCGUCUUCAGCUGCCUCUGCACCUUCCGGUGGGUUCGCGUUGGCGCCUCCCUUGGGGGUCUUCACCGAGACCACACCUGUGGCGAGCGGGGCCAGUGUCAUCUUGCCCGGAACCGUCUUGCCCCCUGCGAAGCGGGAACCUCCCGUCGAGAUCCUGCCCGUCCAGGAGACUCGCAUCCCGGAGCCUAUGUUGGGACGUCCCGCUGCCGAUCCCUCCAUCGCUUUCGAGGAUGUCACUCCGAGGGGAAAUCUCGGACUGCACAACGAGACCUUGGAAGCCACUCCUGCUAUUGUCACUCGAGAGCAGAGGGUGGACGCACCUGAAGCCGUUCUAGGCGACUCUGCGUUCGGCUCGAGCGCUGCGGCUCAAGAAUCUCAAGAGAAGGAACGUGAUGUUCCCUCGUACCUAUCCUCGCGGGCCACGAGCACGCACGAGUCUAUCCCCUCGGGCAAACUGGACCAACCGAGUGCUGCCCGGAUGGAUUCCAGCGCAUCGGUGACGGCCGUGAAGCACGGUCAUCUUGGCGACCACCAUCACAGGGAUGUCGAGACCCCUCGUACCGCUCUGGAUACCGUGUCUGAAAAGGCCUUGCCUGCGACACCUUUGCAAGACGACAAGAGGGUCGUCCGAGAUGCAGACAACGUUGAGAGCACGUCCAUUGGCGCUUCCCGAACGAGCCCCGCUGUGACCCCGACGCCUUCCACCCCCUCGAACGUUCAUAAGCCCGUCCAGGUCGGGUCCAACUCGAGCAGUCCUGUCAAUACUAGCGCCAGCCAACACCAGAGGACUGAUAGUGCGGUUUCUUCCUCGAGCAAGAAGAAGGGAUUCUUUUCCAAGUUGAAGGACAAGUUGCACCACGAUGACAAGUGAGAAGCGGUCAGUCAGGACUGGGGCCCAUAGGUCGCGAGUUGCGAGUUGCGCAAGCCGGUAAAGAUCUGACGUGUGAAACGUGAACUUUGUAUGUAAUUGCACUUGAUACAUGAUAUCCUAGGAAAUUCAUUCCGAUCACC